CCAUCAUGGCGAUGGUGGCGGCACUGUGGCGGAGGGCGAGGGACUACAUGAAGACCAAGGAGUUCCGGGAAUAUCUGACCAGCACGCACUUCUGGGGUCCUGUGGCCAACUGCGGCCUACCGGUGGCUGCCUUUAAGGACAUGAACGAACCGCCUGACAUCAUCAGUGGCCGUAUGACAACAGCGCUCAUCUUCUACUCGAUGGCCUUCAUGCGUUUCGCCUAUCGCGUACAGCCUCGAAACUUGCUGCUGUUGGCGUGCCACAGCACCAACGUGGUGGCGCAGAGUGUGCAGCUGAGCCGCUACCUGAAUCACCACUACGGCGGGGACGCCGCGCCGGCUGCCGCCACCACCGGUCCCGCCAGCGAUCCUGUGGCUGUUUGCGGCUUUGAGGAUGACGACUCCUGCUAGGCAGCCGCCUGCACCAACCCGUGGUCCCCGAAACGUGGCUGAGAGGGCCCGAUCGAAUCUUUGCAGCUUGCAAGCACUGAACUGUUCUCCCUGAAGAAGACACCAGGGAAGUUUGGUUUUGACUCUAAUAAAA